AUGGGCGAUAUUGAAAAAAAAUAUCGAUAUCCGACAAUCGAUAUUUCUCAUCAAUGGUUAUCGAUGUAUCGAUAUUUUUUAAAAAUUCUUCGUUGUGAAAGUAUAAUUAGAAUUCAUUAUUCAACUGAUGGUGUGAACCACGCUUUGGAAGCAAUAAAAAAUGGUGUGUCCUUAAGAAGAGCAUCUGCAUUGUAUCAUAUUCCAUCAACAACACUUCAUAGAAAACUGAAUAAGCAAACUACAACAAAAGAAAAGCCUGGUCCAUCGACAAUUUUUACAAAAGAAGAAGAGAAAGAGAUAGUUGAGUGGAUACUUCAUAGAGCACAAACCGGAGCGCCUGUUACUAAAACUGAAUUAUUUGACAGUAUCCAAAAAUAUGUACAGUUAAUAAAUAAGCACACACCAUUCAUCAACCAGCGACCAGGUCGACACUGGUAUGAAAGCUUUGAAAAGCGUCACCCAAACUUAACUUUUAGGAAACCACAACAUCUCAGUUUAACCAGGGUAUCAGUCACAAGAGAGGAUUUGCAGCAAUGGUUUGCUGAGAUAGAACAGUAUUUAAGGAGCAAAGAUUUGUUAAACAUAGAGCCUAGUCGAAUUUUUAACUGUGACGAAACAAGUCUUAUGCUGUGCCCUGAUUCAGAGAGAGUGAGAACAGGAAAAGGUACUCGUUCUGUCUAUAGAGUCGUUGAUGCUGGCAAAGAAUGCCAUACUGUACUAUUUAUGUAUGCUGCAAGUGGCUUUCGAGCUCCACCAAUGCUAAUGUUUCCUUAUAAAGACAAGUUACCACAGAAAAUUGUUAAAAAUACACCAAGUGGAUGGGGUCGUGGAAUAUCGGAUAAUGGAUGGAUGACCACUGAGACAUUGUAUGAAUAUAUCACCAAUGUUUUUUAUCCGUGGCUUCUUCAAAAUAAAAUACAAUUUCCAGUAAUUAUAUAUCUGGACAAUCACUCAUCUCAUAUGAAUAUACCUCUUGUGUCAUUUUGUAGAGAAAAGAUGAUAGAGUUGAUUGGUUUUUUCCCUAAUUCAACGCACAUUGUACAACCACUGGAUAUUUCAUUUUUCCAUCCGUUCAAAGAAGCUUGGAAAAAAACAGUUCCUAAGUGGAAAAAUAAAAACAAUACUUUAAAAAUUAAAAAAGAAGAGUUCCCUAUAGUUCUAAAGUACACGCUUGAUGGAAUGAAUGAAAUUGAAAAAAAAUGUAUUCAAAGUGGUUUCAGAGGAUCUGGUCUGUAUCCGUUCAACCCCACAGCUGUGGACUAUGAUAUUUUUAAGAAGUGA